GGUGAGAACAGGAUGAAGAAGAAUGCUUAUGAGGAUCAAGCUACUGAAAAGGGCAGUGGAAUGGUAUUUCUCCAGAGGGUAAUUUCAGUUUUUAGAAGAUAUCAGCAUUCCUCAAAGGUAAAAGAAGAAAGAGUGCACUCAAGUAGUAGAAUGGCAGCUCCACAAAGCAAAACAGAUGUUUCUGGUUUCAACAAUGGAUUACGUGACCGCAUGCAGAAGAGAAGAGCUGCAAAUUGUGAAAGGCUCCGGACAGUAUGGCUUGAUACAAAGUACAUGGGUACUGGAAGUCCUGCAACUCAAAGCAAUAUACUGGAUACAAACCAAAAGCUACAGGAUGAAAUUGCUACCCUAAAGAGAGACAUGGAAACAAUGAAACACGAGAAUUUAAUGCUGAAACAAGACAUGGAAAUUAUGCAAAACGAGAAUUUAAUGCUGAAACGGGACAUGGAAACAAUGCGACAUGAGAAUUUAAUGCUGAAAGAAGAUGUGGAAAGAAUGCAAUACAAGAAUUUAAUGCUGAAACAAAUCAUGGACAGACGGGAAAGGAGAGACAAAAUAGGAGUGAGUGCUAUAAUACCACAGACGGAACGUCAAAAAACUUCAUUAAAAGAAGUGAGAGAAGAGUUGUUAAGAAAUGAUGCUGGACCUUCUGCAACUCUAAGAAAGAUACUGGAUACAAACCAAAAGCUAAACAGUGAAAAUUCUACUCUACAGCGAGACAUUGGCACAUUUCAAAAUGAGCUUUUCAUACUAAAAGAAGAUAUUAACAGACGGUUAAGGAAAAUGAAUGCUACAAUAAAAUGCAUGGAACAUCAACCAACGUCAGUAAGAGAAGUGACAGAAGAGUUGCCAACAAAUGAUUCUGGUUGUUGUGAAAAGACCAGAAACAUAUUCCAAGAAAUCCAAGAGCAAGAGGAUGAAAUUGCUACCGUAAAGCAAGUACUGGAUGUAGUAAAACAUCAUUAUAAAAUGAGGAUGCAAAUGCUGACAAAAAAGGACAGAUACAUAAUGUAAAGUAUUCCAGAUUUCACAGAAUUCAUUCAUAACCUAAUGCUGAGCCUCAUCCCAAGCAAGACACAGUAUUCAGUGAUCGAACAGAGGCCUGGGAGUUGUACUCAAAAAGCUCCAGUUUUGGGCCCCGAUACGAUGUGUAAAGUAUACUCUGCAUUUCAUUUAAAAUAAAGUCAAUACAUUUUUAAUUGCUUCUUCAA